AUGGAAGCGCAGGCGGAGGAAGGUCAGUUCCUUCGGCGGCCAAGCGGUUCGGAAAGGCGCGCACGCCGGUUCCUUUCUGGAAGGGGUGUCUCUCCGCUCUCCUUUCCCCUCUCAGCUUCGCGCUCGGUGAUGUAUCUAUGCUGUAUAUCUAUAUAUUGGAGUGUGGGGGUAAUGUUUUGGUAUCCACACCCCACCCUCAUUCUGCAUGAUGGGAGGUAGAAAAAGUUUUGAAGAGACCCGCAUGGCAAAAUUUGAUGAAUUUUCUAUGGAAAGUGUGAGGUCCACUGUUAUUUCUUUCCUGUGGAUCGGUAGAGUUAUGGAUGCUAUAUAUAUAUAUUCUCAAGGUACAUUUUUGAGUGCUUCGAGCAAAGGUGUCUUGCUCUGCUGUGAUUCGCUGAAGUCGGAGCUGUUUCCUGAGAAUCAAAACACAGCUGACCUCCUUGAAUGGCCGGUUCUCUUCUUGUCCCGUAACAAACUGCCACUUUUGAACCUUAAGAGAAACCAGGAAAAUCGCCCGCCCCCCUCCACUCCACUUAUUUCUCAUAAAGUGCAAUCUGAUAAGCCAAAUAACUGGACUGUUUUAGUGUGUGACAUGCUUGCAUGUUGUGUGCAUAGUAACAGCUGUGGAGUGCAACCCUGAAGUUGAGUCCUAUUGUGUUCAGUAGAAUACAUUCCCAUGUAAGCAUGCAUUGUUUAAGCAGCCAUCCCAGUUACUUUCCAAGCAAGAUCCAUUCGCCACCACCCUGAGCCAGUAAUAAUUCUAUUGUCAUUCUUUAUCCUCCUCCUUGCACUUAGUGUAUAAUGUUUCAGUAAUGUGUUUUUAAAACGCACCCUUUUUGUACGCUAAAACAGCAACAACAACAACUCCACACUUGUAUUUUCCACUAACAUUUUUUGUCCUCUUCCUGGGAUAGGAGUGCUGGUUACCUGUCGCUCACAGAACGAAAGUUCCUUUGUUGACUCCGAAUGUAGUGAAAGCAAAAAAUAUUUAGUUUAAUUAAAGGCUCUCAUGGGCUUUGAGGAUGAAACUGCUUUCACAAUACCUUCUGAAGUUUUAUUUUGCUAAUGAUCAUCUGGUUGAUAUAUAAACCAUCUUUCCAUGAGGGUUAUUGCAGUAUUAUCUCCCUAGGGCUUUGCUUGGAUUGCUGCAUAACAAGCUUGGCAAUUCAAAGCAAAUAUACUGUUGUAAUACCUCCUAAAAAUCUACUGCUCCAUAAACCUUAUUCCUAACCAAUAGUUUUCUCUGUUUGCUGUGUCUAUGUAUACAUCAGAUUUAUGGCAGAUUUCAUGCAUUUCAGCUCAAUAUGGGUAGCAUUAAAAUGUUUGCUAUUAAAGGAAUAUCUAGUAAAAUUAGAGCUUUUCCAUGCAGCAUUUGCUUCUUAAUGACCUCUGUCCUCACAGUGGAAAGUAUAAUCCUCUUCUUAUGACUCGGUCAGUCGCAUGCACACUGCUGAGUUGUUUCUAGGCCUAGUAAUCACAGCAGAAUGUUCUCCACCUUGUAUUUUUAAGUGAAAAGAAGCACUCUUCCAUCUCAUUAACAUAUCUGAAAAUGUUUGAUUUCAUUUUCUUGAGGGAGAAAUGUGCAUAAACUUCUUCCAACUGCCUUAUCACAGGAAUAAAAUUUUAGAGCCUCCUUGUUGAUUAAAUAUAUAUGCUAGUAAUUUGUCUCAAGGACAAUGCAAGUGAUGUUCUUUAAAACUGAUCAUUACUUGUCUUUGUUAAUCAUCUGAAUCAGUGUUAGAAACUGAGAUAUGAAAGCUAAGAGCUAAAUGGCACCUUAAGCCAUUUAUGGGCGCAUAAUAACCCAUUUAAAAUUAUGCAUGCAACAAUGCCUAUAUGUCUAGGUGCACAUUUUUAUAAAAAGAAUACAAAAGCUGGAAAUGAAUGAACUGCAACUAAAAUAUUAUGUUUAUUUUUCACAUGGUCUAGCCCUUCCCCUAAUAUUCUUAAGAAGGUCUCUUCUCCAGUCUUCAGAGUAGCUGGAAUUGGGGUGGCAGAAAAAGGUCCUACUUUCCUUCCACUCUGCAGUUUUAAUCUGAAAUUAAAGUACAGUGGUACCUCGGGUUACAGACGCUUCAGGUUACAGACUCCGCUAACCCUCGGGUUAAGAACUUUGCUUCAGGAUGAGAACAGAAAUCAUGCGGUGGUGGCGGGAGGCCCCAUUAGCUAAAGUGGUACCUCGGGUUAAGAACAGUUUCAGGUUGAGAACAGACCUCCAGAAUGAAUUAAGUUCUUAACCCGAGGUACCACUGUAUUGCUCCCAGAACUCAGAAACUGCCCGCACUAAUGACAUUCCCUGUCGCAAAAUGCGCCUAGAACAAUGGGAGUUUCAAACACUGAUCUGAAUGUAAUUGGGCUCUGUUCCACACCUCAAUUCUAUGUUUAUUUAUCUAGGAGUAUUGAUGGAAUCUUAACUCCCAGAUAGGCCAGUUGGGAUAGGUUAGGUCAGGAUGUGGCAAAUCCCCACCACCCCACAGCUGAGCUGGCCUGAACCCAGUAUAAAUGACUUUAAAACAGUGUGGAGGUGGGGCUGCCUUGGCAUCUCUCGCCCUGUGCUCACAGCAGCCUGGGCAGAAGGGGAGGGACAGACAGAUGGUUGCACUAGCUUGCAGCUGGUUCAGCCAACAGGCCUGGCUCAGAUACCAGGCUAGCUUAGCUCUGUCCCUUCACUGCCCCCCCCCCAUUUUUGGGCUCUGCUUGUGGGCAGAAGGGUAAGGAUGUGUGCCAGCAGGGUGAUGCUUGCAUCAUUCUGGAGGCAGUGGGGGGCCAGCAGGGCUGGGCAUCAGUACAGCUUUGGCCAUUCUAACACAUACCCCUGCCAGCUCAGGUCUGAUUUGCCUUGCCACCCUGGAAUAUAUGUUCCUGCUGGCUAGGGGGCAACUCUCCAGUGCAAGUUAUGCUGGUAUAGAGGGCAAACUGUAUCCUAACUCUGUUCAUUUGUGAGUUUCAUCCACAGAUCUUGGUGUAAUGCCUAAGGAAGACUUUUUUUUAUUUCAGCAGGCAUUUUAUGGUUUUUGUUUUUAACUGAUUUUUGUUGUCAUUUUAAUGUUACUGUGCACCACUUAGAGACUAAGGUGUUAAGUAAUACAUCUAUGAAUACAUAAAAUAAACUUACAAUAUCAAAAAUGCAGGUGUAAUGAAAUUCAUCUCAUAGGACAGGCAGCAAAUGAAUUAUAUUGCCACUCCUCCACCCCCACCCCCCGCUAGAUGCAGUUAGGCUGCAACUUGUCUAACACAGGAGAGUUGUCCCUUCUUAUCUUCACUGGUUAGGAUUGCUCUCUAAGCUUCAUUGCACUCAGCUGAGUACAAUGAAUUGAGCAAUAAUCUGUACAUGGUGUAUAGAUGUAUGUAUAGUUGAAGAAAUGGUCAGCAUGUAGAGCCACUGUCAAUUGUAAAUCCCAGUUACGUGCAUCUACACAAGCACAAUGUUGCCCCAACACCUUCCUGUGUGUAGUGAGUUUUAUGUACAUAUGAUUGUAGCCGAAGCACACGCACUUUCAUACCAUAAGAUGGAAUUCAAACGUAAGAUAAGUGGCAGAUGGGCAGCAACUUACGGAUGAUCGCUACAAAAACGUAACUGCGUGCACCAGUUCAAACCCUUUAGCCCCUAGCCCCAAGAGCCAUUUUCUACAUUCCUGCCCUGUGAUAGCUUCAUGCACAGCCUUCCCUCAAAUAUUGUCAGAUUAGUGUAUAAAUGCUGUGCUAUAACUUGCUUUCCUAUUUAACAGAUGUGAGCCUGGGAGAAGCUUUUGACUGACCACACAGCACACUCUUAUCUGCAGUUUUACUCAGUGUGUGGCAUUUAAUUAUUAAUUGUAGAUCUAAAUGGGCAUCAAAGGCCAGAGCACUCUCUGUUCACCUCCCUUAUAGUGUUGGCAAAAUGACUUAGCAGUUAAACCUUAUUUUGAGGGAUUACCCAGAAUACAUGUAGUGCCUGUGCUGCUUACAUGCUUUCUACAUAUUAUUAUUUAUUCUGCGGGGCCUGUAAAGGGGUAUUUAAUUUUUUGUUGUUGUGAAAAGGUUAUGAGGGGAGGAAAAGGUUGGUGUAUUGUUUGGUACCCACACAGGGAACAAGCAUUUUCAAGUAACAGGCAUGCUCCUUGAACCCUUUGUUUAGUGGUUUAAAGAAGCUGAUUAAACAAAAUGAAAGGGUUUGAACUGCAGUUCUUGGCUUGUCUAAUAAUUCUAGCUUGGAUUGCAGCAUAAUGCGUUUCCCCCCAUUUUUGGCUUGCUUCCCAUUUUGCAAAUGGAAUUCAUCAAUAAUAUUCUGAAGAAUUAAAUUCUUCACCACAAAAGACAACUGGGAAUAUAUUAAGAGCUGAUGAGCUGCAGCAUGUAAUUUGAAUUCAUUCAUAUCUCAAUCUCACAAAUAUCCUAGUUAUCGCCAUGUCAGAUUUGAUAGGCCUGUUGUACUUGGAGCCAAACUAGAACAAUCUGCAUCUGUGGCCAUACUGUCUAGCUCUAGAGUCUGAGGGAGGCUCCCUCCAUUGACUUGGCUGGACUAACUGUCAUUUGGCUCCUCCCCCCCCCCAAAUACUAUAUCCCCUGAUGAUUAUUUUUAACAUGGUCAUUAACCAUUUAUGUAACUUUGGGAAGAACCGGUGCUUAAUUUGUAAACUUAUAUAUUUUUACAGUGCCGAGAAUGCUUCUGUUUGUUAUUACUAUACAGUGGUAGCUCGAGUUACAGACGCUUCAGGUUACGCGUUUUCGGAUUGUGCACCACGCCAAACCCGGAAGUACCAGAACAGGUUACUUCCGGGUUUUGGCACUUCCGCAUUCGCAUACGCGCCAAAUCGUGACCCGCGUGUGCGCAUACGCAGUGCUGUGGGUUGCGAACAUGCCUCCCACACGGAUCACGUUCGCAACCCGAGGUUCCACUGUAUAAUAUUUUUGCCUCAGAGGCUAGUCCUACUCAGAGUAGACUCACUGAAAUGAAUUAAAAAUCCAAACAUUAAUUUCAAAGGGUCUGCCCUAAGUAGGUUUUAGCUGGAUGUAGCCUGUUAUUAUGACUGAAGCAUCUUACUCAAAAAGAUCUGCACAAACCAGUUUAUCUGAGUGCAUUAUUUUCAGGGUUGGGGGACACAUUUAUUUUUAAUUGCUUAAUCAUAUGGGACUAAAUGCAUUAUGUUGUAAGGACCUUUUAUUAAAUCUUAGAAUUAUAAAGUUGGAAGGGACCCAAGGGGACCCAAGUCCAGCCCACUGCAGUGAUCAAAAAGUCAACAACUCUGGGGAACAUUCCCUAAAAAAGGUCAAGGACUUUGGGGUCCUACCCCUAAAAAAAGGUUGACAGCUCCUGGAAACGGGGGGGUGGGGUGCCGGAGGGAUCUUUGCAUCACGGUGCCGGAUAUGCUUAAGACUGCCCUGCCAGGAAUCAUCAUUAAUUGCAUCCAAACAAGUUAAAAUCAGAAGCCAACUUUAAGGCUUGUUUGGAAGCUGUUAAUUGUAGUUCACAGUUUGGACAUGAACGGGAAGCUCUGUUUAAUUGGUGCUUGCAAGUUUAUUUUGUCACUUGCAUGAAAAAAGAAGUGAAGGAUAAAGGAGCAUGCAGAGUGAAGUGCGGGUGUAUGCGGCUUGGGCACUUCCUAGUUUAUUCAGCCAAAAUUUGAUUGUCCCAAAUCAAACAGUCAUUUUGCGGAAGAAAUGUUGAACCACUUUGUGUAUUAUUAAUUAUGUCAGCAUAUACUUUACUUAAAAAUCAGUUUGAACCAAGAGUUUUGUUCUUUGUUCCACAUUUUCUAUAAAAUAGAGAAUAGAAAUAUUUCCCAGGCAUUCUGAUAUGCCAGCAAAUAUAGGACAAAACCUUGAGGGUUUAGAUAUUUGCUUUCUUGUAUUUGUUGUUAUGCAGCUUAUAUUUAAAGCACUUUGUGAGUCUCAUUUAUCAAGUAGUAAGGUUUUAGCUGGAGCUUUCCCUCUAUCUCCAUUCCUUUUCUCAACUUGGAGAGUUUACUUUUCCCUUGGUUGACAGGGUAGUCUAUGACUAGCUGCUCUUUUUUAAUUUUUAGAGUAGAGUUAAUUGUAAUGGUUGUUAAUAUUUGUAUGCUGCUUUUGCAACGGCCAAGUUCAGCUCAAAGUGGCUCAAACAAUAAGUAUUAACAAAUACAAACAGCACUUCCUAAUACAAAAGAAUUAUAUAAAAAGGUAUAAUAAAACACAAUAACUCAACCAAAACAAUAUAGAAUAGCAAAACCACAAAAUAUGAAUCAAGCACACUGGAUAAGUAUUAGGAAUGCCAGUUAACCCUGCAACCAAAAAGGGAAAGGACCAGAAUUGAACAAGUGUUUUGACAAAUCCAAAAGGAGAAGAUUGUUUUACUUUAUUGAGAAUCAUAAAUAUUGUCAUUCUCUGCCAUCAGCCUUUCUUUCCUCUUUUUAUAGAGUUGAUGUGAAGAUUCCAGUAUCUGUGUUAUAUGAAUAACUUUCUUGUUUCCUCUUAUCUGUGGGUUUGGGUAAGAGUUCUUCCACUGUCAGGGAGAAUGUCACAUUUGCUAACAUUUUAUUGACCCUAUCCUAGAAGUGAGAGCAGAAGCAGCCUAAUACAAAGUGUCCUCAAUCUCUGAAAAAGUGUGAAUUAUGACAAUGAGUCCAGUUUCCUUUCUAAGUUCAUCUGUUCCUCUUAACGUCUGUUAACUACGGUACAGUUAACAUCUCUAGGCCUAAUGGAACCAUUGCUCAGACUAGAACCUCUGUAUCAUUCAGGGCCCUGAAUUAAUGGCGUUGUCCUGAAAUAGAAUAUUUUCAGUAGCAUUACUUCCCCCAAUUUGCACAACACCACUCUAGCAGUUAAUCAACAAAGCAAUGGCAAUUUGCUUUUAAAGAACUAUUGACUUCAAAUAUUAGUUUAAGCAGCAGGAAAGAAGUAUAAUAAGUCUAUCCACUGCCUGUAAAGAAAUGAUAUUGUUCAGUUGGCUUGAGUACAUAUUGCUGAAGGGUGGCAUUUUAACUAAAAUAAUUAAGCAAAUGUGAGAGCAUUUGGCAACUACCCAUAAUCAAGCAGCUGUUUGGGAGGAAGCAGAGAACUCCUGUAAUUUCCAAAGUUUCUUUAUGUGUUGUUUCCUUUGAAUGCACUUGAUGUGCCAUUUAAGUUGUCAUAAGGUCUGAAUUAAUUAGGUGCACAAGCUGAUGAUAAAGAAGGUUGUACACGUGAUGGAGAGAAAUAGAAAUGUAGAUCAGGCAGCAACAGAGAAACAUAUGUUAGCUGGGUCAGCAUGUGCUGUACUUCAUGGAUAAUUUGAACCUGACAUUUUACAGUAUGUCUCUAAUUGAGCUACCCCAUGCACCCCAGAACUUUUCACUGUAUUUUCUAAAAUAUAUACAACAUGUCUAUUAAAAUCCUUUAUGUUUGUGACAUAGUUGGGCAAUGCCUGUAAGCACCAGUUAAGAUCAUUGGACCAGUUGUUGUUUUUUAUGACUACAUUCAAGAGAAGGAAAUUUCUAGUGUAACUAAUUAAUUGUGCAAAUAUCUUUCCAUAGUUUCAUCAAUCUAAAGUAAUAUGAGUUAAUGUGAAUUGAAAGCUACUGUGGUGCUUAGCUGUAGAAAUCCUAGGGCUAAAUAUGCACUCAGCCACACCUGUCUCACAGGGUUGGUGUGAAGAUAAAAAUUACCUUAGAUCUAUGCAAACUUUAACUCUUUGGAGAACAACAGAAUACAAAUGUCAAGGUAAAAGGCUAGAUGGCAGUCCUUUUUCCCUCAGUUACAGCUAAAUAGGAAAGCAAGAAAUAAGUUCAAAGAUAAAGGAUUUCCUAGCAAACAGUUUCUUUUCUGUAAUCAGGAGGGUCACAAUCCAUAAAUCACUGAUUCCACACAUGUGCAAUUUCUUUUCCUGGGAGGUGGGCUUGCACUCUCAUUGGUGCUUCCAAGGCUGAUUCACUGAAAUUUAUUUUCUAUUUUUGCUUAUCACAUCUUCCAGUUAUGAUGGUGGUUAGCGAAAAGGCAUACCAAAGAAGGAGUCUAUCCCACUUGCUUAUUUUCCAGGAUAUGUGAUUAAGGGGGGAUAGGAGGAUCUUUUCUACAUCUCUACGCUCUCCAAAAGUUAGCUGGCUGCUGAGAAAGGAAGAGCCUGCCUGUUUCGUUGCUUCGUUUACCUUCCCAAAUAGUCCAGAUAAAAAGACUGACAUGUGGUGGUAUGAAUUGAGUUUCUUCAGAUUGGGAUCAAGUAUGAGGCCUUCAAGUUGCGGCUGGUGCAGGCAUGAUUAUUGGGAGGCACAGAAUUAUUUAUGGGCUUGAAAAUACUGGAUAAUGAAAAGUGGCAGCACAGUACUUGUGCUUGACAUAUUGUUUCAAAUCUAGACAGGUUUUCUUGCUGGCAUUUUUGGAGCUCUGGAGAGAUUUCCCCCCCAAUCACAUUGUCACAGUGAUGGGUAAACUCUAUUGUCAUGCUUCAAGGUAUUUAAAAGGAUUGAAGUCUUGUGCCAUUUAGAAUAUGGUCAUCUGUUAAGAGGAAUAUUAGCAGCACCAUUGAAACAAUGCUGUAACUGUACUGAUACCCUCUUGGAAGGAUCGUGCCACUCAGAGAUCCAUUCCACCUGAUGGGAGCCAUGUUGGCUUUAGUACUGUGUGAUCUGCUGUGAUCGGCAAGAGUAUUGAUUCUAUUUUGCCCCUCACAGUGUUGUCGGCUUUAGAAGGAGUUUUGUUGUCAUCAUAGGGAUGAUGGUGAUGUUGAUGAUGAUCUGUUAUACUCAGUCCAGGCAUCUCCUUUCCUUCUGUGGCAUCUAUGUUCUUUAGAAUCAACACUGCAGCAGAUCUAGAGGGUCUAGGCUGUUGACGCAAUCACAGUGCAGAUCAGUUUAGUACAAUAGAAACAAAUAGUUCAAGUGACUUGGGUGUACUGAUUUCAGCUCCACCCCUUUUGAAUUUCUGUUCAGGUGUCCUGGUGGCUAGAUGUCUUAAAAGUGGAUGUGUGGAGUGGGGGAAAGGCUAGUGGCAGCCGGACUGAAAGUGGCUGGCUUUGAAAAGUGACAAUUUGGUUAUCCAUAUGUCAUCAUUGUAUUAAAAUACAUUAAUGAAGCAAUAUCAUAACAGUAGAACUUGAAAAAUCUUGAGCCCUCAAUUGAUCAGGUGCAUAGAUAUCUGGGCCUAGCAUCUAGGCUUUGAAACAUGUUGCCAGUCCUAGAUCCUAGAAAUACUGUAUUUACUCGAGUCUAAUGCACCAUCAAAUCUAAUGCACACCUCAACUUUCAGAACCUUGAAACCAAAAAAAGUAUUUGCUGGAGAAUGUACUGUAAAUUUGCCAUCGAAUCUAAUGCACACCUUAAUUUUCGCAACAUAUUUUGGCCAAAAAAGGUGAGCAUUAGAUUCCAGUAAAUACCAUAUGUCUUAGUAAGUGUGAAAUGAAUGUAGUGUUUUGUACUAAGUGCUUCCUGUUUGUCAUCCAUUUAAAUAUUGUACUUCCUACUGGAAUCUAAUCAUUAUGAAAUAAAUAGUUGCAUAAAAAGCUAUUUAGGCAUAAUGUCAUGCAUUUCAAAGAAUGUUUGAAUAGUAUUCUGAUCUGUUGCUUGCAAGAGGAAGGUUAGAAAGGAUGCCUUUUAUUAUUAAGUUUUCUGAAACUGAGCAACAGAAGAGCUGCCUUGGUAUAAAGCUGCAGAGAAGCAUAUUUAUGUUAUACUGAAGACAAUUCUGGGGAUUUGGGGGACAAAAGAAGACUUUUCAAAUUCGGGGAAUACUGUAUUAUGGCUCAUUUGAUUUCUGGGAGCUAUCAAGGGUAUAUCUAGAGUGUUGCUCUUGAUGGGACAACUCCCUCUGAAGAAGCCAGUACAUAGCAUGGGAGUACUUCUGGAUCCUUUGUUGUCACUUGAGGCUCCAUGGCCUUCCAUCAGCUGUGCCCAUAUCUGGACAGGGACAGUAUAACUUCAUCUAGGCUCUGGUAACCUCUAGGUUAGAUUGCUGUAAUGCACUGUGCUUGGGGCUCCCUUUGAAGCCAGUUCGGAAACUUCAGCUGGUGCAGAAUUUGGUGGCCAGGUUGCUCAUCGGGCAAGACGGUUUCACUGAUCCUGACCCGAGUGCACUGGCUGCCAAUUAGUUUCUGGGCCCAGUUUAAAGUGUUGGUUUUGACCUAUAAAGCCCUAAAUGACUCAGGGCUGCAAUACCUCAAGGACUGUCUUUCAUCAUAUGAAUUGAUUCGGAUCCUGUGAUCAUCAUCUGAUGCCCUUCCUCGUGUGCCUCUCCUACGAGAGAUCCGGGGGUGGCAACAUGAGAAUGAGUGUUUUCCGCAGUAGCUCCCCAUUUGUGGAAUGCCCCCAAGGAGGCUUAUCUGGUGUCUUCAUUACAUAUAUUUUGGUACCAGGCAAAAAUGUUUCUCUAUAACCAGGCCUUUGACUAAUUUGCAUUCUGUGGCCUUUUAAAUGUGUUUGUGGGAAGGCGGUUAUUGGUUUUUUGUUUUUAUUAUGUAUUCUGUAUGUUUUAUCUUGCAUUUUUAUGUUGUGAACUGCCCUAAGACCUAUGGAUGAAGGGCGGUACACAAAUAAUAAUAAGAAGAAGAAGAAUACACCUUCAUUGGGUUUGAACAACAGUUUUCGAGGGUUUAUAUAGGAAUGUCUAGAGAUUAUUUAUUUGUAGGGGUGAAUCAGUUGGGGGCACACCUCAUCUGUCUUAUUGGUUCAUUUUUACAAGGAACAAAUAAAAAUAUUUGGCUCAGUUUCCAGCUGGACGUGAUCAUUGAUCCAUUUGACAGCUUGCUGGUACUGAUAGAAUAACAACAGGAAAAAGUGGCUGUAUUUACUUUCAAGGUGGUGAAAUUGCAGAAAUCUUAAAUGGAAACGGAAGUUAUAGAUUGCUACAAGUAUAAAAAGAAUCAUAUUUUGUGUGUUAGGACUGCAUUUUAUUGAUAUUAGGAAUACCACUACAUCUAAAUUGGUGCUAUGGUGUCCUUAUGACAUUCUUAUUUCUGUUAGGUCAAGACAAGAAAUAUACACGCAGAUGGCAACAUUUGGGAACUGGGCUGCUUGUUGCUUAGCAGCAUAUUUUGAAGGGAGAAUAAGAAUAUGAGUAUAGAACAAAUUCUAUGUUCAGUUUACACAGGUUUGCUUAAAGAGAACAUUCCUUCUUAUGACAAGUUGUAAAUGGAAAUUGCAUGUGAAGCUAAGAGGCUAGGUACAUCAUUCAAGUAUAUUUUAUGUACAAAAGAAAAUAGAUUGCAACUUUUAGGUCUUGUCCAUGGAGCGUGGAGGACAGGGUGCAGACGAUUUUUGUGCAUGUAAAAAGAUCCCAGUUACUCUGUGUUGUGUUUAAAUCAUUUUUUACAGAAAGACUCAUUCUUGCUGGUAUCAUCUUAAUAUUUACAACCAGAUGAAGGUUUCAUUUUUGGAAUAAUACAUUUUCAGAGUAGUUUUUACAGUUAUAUCAAAAAUUACUGAUUUGGUUAUACUAUUAGAAAUACAUAGACCGAUAAUUAUGAAAUUAUGGUGAGGUUUCAUAAUUUAACUGUUUAUAUUUGGACAACUUUUCUGCUGUACUUUAUUGGAAGGAGAAAAAUAAUCAUUUCCUUAAUAACAAUUUAAACAAUUUAUUUAACUAAAACAAUAAUAUUAUAGCAUAUGUAUCCAUAUUUGUUAACUGAUGCAGUUAAACAAUUUUAAAAAAAAGUUUUAGCACACAUGAAAAACUUAAACUAAUCCUUAUUUCCUGAUGUUAAUAGCCUUUGGACUAUAAUGUAACUUAAAUAGAAAACCAUCUUUAGAAAGAUUUUCCCUCCAAAAGCAUUUAAAUAAAAAAAACUGAUUUAAAUAAAAAAAAAAAUAUUGAUUUUUACCCACCCUGGUUCCCACUACUUUUUGUUGUGACAAAACUUGUGUGAUAACGUCUCCUAGCAAAAGAGUGGAUGCUCUCAAUAAAAUAAUUUUAUUUUCAACAAUGUGUUUCUCUUUUCCAUGUAUAUAAGUGGUAAUUAAAAGGUAUAUAUUUCAUUUUUCAAAUCACCACAUUUUCCAGCAAGGUAACAUUGUGGUUAUAUUCUGGGUGACCGUACAAUGUAGACUGUACACUGGCGCUUCGGUAGCUCUUUCAUAUGGAUUUUUACUUCUCCUGUACAAAUCGAUUUUGCUGUGACUUGAAAUGGCCUUUCUGGAAACAAAAGACUGGUGUGCACAUGCUGUGAGCUAUGUGUGAUAAUCCACUUGGCUCAGAAGAAGAGCCCUGCUGGAUCUAGGCCCAUCUAGUCCAGCAUUCUGUUCUUACAGUGCCCAAACAGAUGCCUAGCAGAAGCCUGCAAGUGGGACAGGAGGGCAACUGCACUCUCAUAUUCUGCAAGUUGGGAUUUGGUAUUCAUAUGUCAUCUGAUGUAUAUAACUGUUUUCCCUUCUACAUAUGCUAAAGUGGGAAUAAAGAGUCAUUGUGGAUCAAAUAAAGAAGUCCCCAAAGAUAUUUUGAUAAUCAGACCUAAUUUUACAUCUUUCCAGUACAAUUGACAUAAACUGAUGUUUUUUAUUGCUGUUUGUUUAAGUGUGUGUGUAUCUCAUAUACAUUAUUUCAGCUUGUUAAAUAUUUAGACGUUGGCUGCUCUGGGUUUUUUGUUUGCUUUGCUUCUGUUCUUUUGCUUUGUUUUAUGAUUUGGUUCUGAGUCGCUUGAAAAUGGCAGUAGCAGUGCUGAAGCUAGCAAUGGAUUUCCAAAUUGUCAAGCAGAGGUCUUUUCCACCUCUGGAACCCAAUCACCUGUUAAUUAGAUAUCAAAUCUGACUCAUUCUGCACACAAAGCAUUUGCUAUUCUUCUACAUGAUGGACCAUCCUUGUUAAGAUCCUUACUAAUUCAGAAAAAAAGAUUUAAAGGAGAUUUGAACAAGUAUAAGGCAUUUUGUUUUGUUUUGUUUUGUUUUAACAAGGAAAAAAAAUCCCUGAAACUUGUCAUCUUACUUUCAAAGGUCUGUUGGAAAGGCAAGUGUUACAUGAAGUAGAUGAAGACAUGGUCACUGAUGUUGAUUUUACCAACAUGAUUUCUGAAGAAGAGCAAGAAGAAUUAAAAGCUGAACUUGUCAAGGUAACAUUCUUUGUCUCCUGAAUCUGUCAUUUUAAACUAAGGGCUGGUUUUGGAAAUCACAGCUGAUGCCAAUCUUUUCCCAUGCACUUCUCCUUGGGCACAUUGCUAUAAAAGCAAUUGCAUGAAUACCAAUACCAUGACUGUAUGCCUUACCACCAUAUGUGUGAAGUGGUUCCUGCAUGGAUUGAGCAGAGUUCAACCUUUUUCCAAGAAAACGUAAUUGGAGGCAGGGCAAUAACUAUCCAGGUAGUUCUUUACCUUAAACAAGAGCAUUCUUGCAUAUGGAUUCAUUGAGAACGUAACCAAUGCACUAGAAUGGAUAGUGUGCCAAAAUUUGGGGUGCCCUGUCCAGCCAUGAAGUGCUUUGGGCAACUUUCAUGUAUCAGUUUUUUCUGCCGUACAGUUUAAUAGAAUAAAAUGGAGUGAUUCCGUGUUUCCACAUAUGUCACUCUUGAAUUAUUUGAAGAAAGAGCUUGGAUAUAAAUGUGAUCAAUAAACUCAUCAGUUCAAAAUAUACAAAUGAGGUUUCUUUGAUUAAUAUACAGUAAUACUUUGAAAAUACUGUAUUCAUUUUUAUGUCUCCACCACCCCUUUUCGAGUCAUAAAAGCAGGCAUAAAUUAUUUUGUGUUUCACUUUUGUAAGUCUUUGUCCCCCAGUCUUUCCUUUUCAGUGAUGUGAGCAGAGGUUAAGGCCUUCAUCCUCCAGGCACAUCCCACAAUACGUAUUGUUUGUAGUCACAGCAGUUAAUGGAAUCUAGGUCAGCUCAGAUCACAAGACUGUCCUAAAUUGUUCACAGCAUUCAAAUGGUAUAUAAUUACAUUGUUCAAAGGAAAUGCAUUGGGGAUUUGCAUUUUGAAAUGCUUGGAAUUUUUCAGAAUUUACUAAGUUUCUGGAGCUCUAAUGAAUUCAUUCUAUUUGGAGUGGCUGCUGUACUUCCAAUGGGAGUAGUUUGCCUACUGGUUUUCAGUGCCUUUGAAAAUAUUUCCCUGUAUCAUUGCCUUAAAAGCCUUAGAACUGUCACAUUCCCAUCUUAAGAUUUUCCCCAAAGCCAUGAUUCCCCACUUCCCAGUUGUAUUGCAGUUCCCAACUGCAUUUUCCCAAUUGUAUUGUUUCUUGAAUAAUCCUCAAAGUGUACAGUGAAUGUGAAGAUUUUCAUGGAUGUUAAGGAACAUAUAAUUCAACAUAUAAUUCAAAAUGUAGUAGCUUCUGAGGGGAGAUAAUUUAUAACUUAUUGCUGUGUAUAUAGCUGAUACCUUCUGUGCAGUUAGUUCUCCAUGAAAACGCAGGUUCUGCAACUUAAUAUUCAUAUGUAUAAAUUGCACUCAAUGCCCAAAUGACAGCAAAGUUGCUCAUCUUAAUUCUGUUAAAAAUAGCCCAGUCCAGAAAGGCCUAACUGUGUAUGGAAUUAACAUUUUUCACAUCAUAAGAUAAAUAUGUCUCUGAAGAGACUACCUUGGAGAAUUACAAUUUGAAAAUGAAACUAAACGUUGUAUAAUCCACCGCAAUGUUUCAUUUAAUGAGACAUUUGCAAUAAUAGAAAAGUAGCUGAAAAUGUUUAUUUCUUUAAACUGGGACUAAUCACUUUUUCCAAGUCCAGUAAAAACAACGUGAAGUGACUGUUGUACCCACCCAAGCCCUUCUGUGUUGUACUCCUCCCAAUUUACAACCUGACUAUUCUGCUUUACAUAAUCAGAUGAAAUGUAAGGCUAUAUUUAACUUAAUUGGUUUUAUUGUAAUAACACAAAGAAAAUAGCUUUCUCUUUGCCAGCAUGUUUUUUAACUAGGCUGCUUUUUCUGUCUCUUCUGGGUUAUACUGAUGGGAGCCAUUUUUAUUUUACAUACACUGCCUCUCCUUAAAGGCGCAAAUUACUUCCUAACCAUCUGUUCAGUACAUAUGUACAUACAGAUCCUUGUGCAUGACAUUGUGCACCUCAUUGCCUGACAAACUUUGAGCCAUUAUGGCUAAUAAAUCCAGAAAUGAGCAGGCAAACACAUUGCUCCUAACUUGUUUGCUAGCCUGGCCAUUUCUGUCUUUUAUAUUUGUAGAUUUUGGUAGUCCAUAGGUCAAUGAGAAAAGCAAUGAAAUACAUGUGAGAUUAUUUUGACGCUACUUUAUUAGGUCUAAAGAUUCAAAUACCAUGGCAUUUUUGUACUUGAAGACAUUGCGUCACCUAAAACCAUUUUACGUUUAUCAUGAAGAGGAAUAAUGCAGACUUAUUUUGCUAAUUCUAUUCAGCUUGAAGAUGAAAUUGCAACUUUGCGACAAGUGUUGGCAGCAAAAGAGAAGCAUCUUGUGGAAAUAAAACAAAAGCUUGGCAUCAACCUGAUGAAUGAACUGAAACAGAACUUCAGCAAGGGCUGGCAUGAUGUGCAAACUACAACUGCGUAAGUAAAAACCUGCACACCCUUUUCCUUUGUACUCCUCUCAUUAUGAAAGCAGCAUGGUGCAAUGGCUAAUGUAUUGGACUUUAUUUAAAGUGACCUAUGUUCCAAGUCCCAUUGGGCUUUGAAGCUCAUUGCAUUGCCUUCGUCCUCAUCCUUGCUGAAGAUAAAACUGAAAGCCAGUUAAUGUGCCACCCUGAACUCUUUGGAGAUAAUAUGGAAUACACACAUGGCAAAUAAUUCAGUACAUUUAGACAAAAGCCAUUUUGUUGUUGCCAUUGCUAUCUCCAGUAAUUUGAAAUCUAUUUAAAUACACCUUCAAGGGGUCACUUUGCAUGCUUUAUUCUACAGGUAGCAUACAUGAAUUUUAAUUUCUUGCCACCUGACUUCCUUUGCUUUUUUAUGAAUAGUUCAGAUGCCUUUUUUUUUUUUUUUUUUUGCAGUCAGCACAGAGAAGUGGGCUGGCUGAAAGUAUCCUGAUGUGCAAUGGACUCUGCAGCCACCAUACUUUGUAUGCUUACUACAAGUGGCUCUUUUCUAAUAUAACUGCAGUAGCAGCAUGUAAACAGGAGGACACUGCCAUGUUAACAUGGUGGCCAUUGUUGUUGAACUACUUUGUGUGGAUGAUGGCAGGGGAAGACUUUGCUAAUAUGGCACCCUGAGUAAGGACAAAAUUUGGUGCACACACACACACACCGUAUAAAUGAUGUUGUUGUUGUUACUAUAACAAUUAGUGUCUCCUCAGUUGGGUGCUCUAUGCAGAGGAACUGCCCAUGCUACCAUAAAUCCAGCGUUAAUGAUGGUCACUGCUGACAUGAUGGAGCUGGCAUUCUUUCUAUUCACAACAGACAUAAAGAUAUAUUGGUCACAGCACACUGGAGCCCUUCCAAGGAUGGAAACUAUGCAUGGUACAGCAUGCAACUAAGUUUUAUGCAGUGUGGACCCAUGGGAAUUAAAGAACACAAUUAUGUCCAUUGAUUUCAUUGCAUCUAACCUGAAUAAAAUUCAGCUGACUAUUUUGCACAAGGAAAAGAACUCAACAGAGAGAGAACUUUAGUUGCAGUCAUCUUCAUUCUAAUAAUAGAAAAAAUUCCUGAACUGGCUUAAAGAAAACAAGCAGUAACGUUUGUUCAUUGGUUUCUACUGUGAUGGUUGUACCAGGUGCAUGUGCAAAUCUGAAUAGUUAUUUUUUGAAUGCCAUUCUGUUCAUUUAUUAUUUCAUAGUAGUAAUGAAAAUAUGAACAAUAUAUUAUUAAUGGCAUUUUUUAAAGGCUAGUACCUUAAAUAUAUAUCUCCAGGCAGAAGAGAAGGUGAACUGUGAAAAUGCACACUCAGCAAAUAGAUUAGUAGCUGAAUAGGUAGCCUCUGAAUUUUAAAAAGCUUAGCAACCCUGAUGAAGAAUGCAAGCAUAGCAAGUCAAAGCAUGUUGCAUAAAUCAGCCAUGUGCAUAUUUAAGAGGAUUGUGGCUGAAGCAUUCUUUGCAUUAUCUGACUCUUAGGAGAAGCAGCAAAACUGUUUCAGAUACGCACCUGUGGUCUAGAUACUAUCAAGGAACCCUAGAAUAAUAAUUGCAGUGUUGCAAAAUUACUGAAAUGGCUUAUCAUUAUUUGCCUACAUAUUACAGUUGUGUCCCCACCUUCCUCCAAGAAGCUCUGGUACAUUUUAUCCCUGCAACUCUGAAGUAGGUAAGGCUGUGAGAUAGCAGUUUACCAGUGACCAUCCAUUGAGUGUAAUGGCUUUGUGAGGAUUUGAACUGGGUUUCCUUGAUCAGAAUUACAACUCUCUGCACAGCUUGUGAUCCAUCAGGCUCACUGCCUCCCACCAGCCAGCACUGGUGGUCUGCCAUUGGCUUGACUAUGCCUAUGGUGGUGUGCUUUGCAGUUCUAAGCAGGAAGAAAAAACAUGAAAUUUGGUGACCAAGGACUCUGUCCCAGUUAUGCACCUUGCUAUUCACUUCUAUUUCGUGUAUCUUGGAGCCAUCCUAAAUAUUAUGCAAAAUGCAGUAGUAGAAUUUUUCUCAACAUUCUCGCUCAUCAGACUGUAGAACGGCAAAAAUAUUUUGAAUGCUUCUUCACAUACAGGUUUAAUAGUAGUAGUAGCAGCGAUUAUGAUUAUUAUUUAUUGCCUGCCCUUUACCGUAAGGUCCCAGGGUGGCUUACAGUAUAAAAAUGUAUUAACUAGAAUAGGAACAAACUUUAGAGAGAAAUAUGCAGCAAAGUACUUUUAAUGUUGGAGACUUGUCUUUUCCUGUUGUAUAUGCCCUGGCAAUUCUGGGUACAUCCUGAUAUUAUUAUUUUAUUUCUACCAAUUUCUCUAUGGGUAAAGUAGCUUAUGUUUGGGCCAUAUAAAAUACAGUUAACUCCCAUAUAUGAAUAUUAGCAUUUGGUAAGCUAUUUUAAAACCACCGCCUUCUCUUGUGCUGUUCCUGCAGAUGAUUUUAAUGUACAGCAGUCACAGUUCUGAUGGAUUUCUGAUUUGAACUGUAUGAGAAGCAAAUGCCUUGAACUUAAAGGGUACUUGCUUAAACUGUAAUAAUUGUCAAUUCUUAGAUACAAGAAGACACAAGAGACUCUGAGUCAAGCAGGUCAAAAGGCAACAGCAGCUUUCAGCAAUGUCGGAACAGUCAUCAGCAAGAAGUUUGGGGAUAUGAGGUACAGACGUUUUGAUUUAAUUUCUGGGAGAAAAUUAAAUCCCACCCUCCCACAGUUCUUUAAUUCCCAGCAUUGCAAGAUUUACAUUGAAUCCUGGCUAAGGCGACUUUUUCCUGUUUAUCACAAAGGAACUAAAUGAUAGCUUAUUAAGCUGUGUUCCUGAUUUAAAUCCUGGCACAUUACCAGAGAAACCAGGGAGAUUACAUGUUGGAAUUCCAUCUUCUAAAUAAUGCCGUAAAAUACAUCAGCAGGGAUACAACAAUUGCAUCCCCCUAAUUCUUUUCAUGAACGGGGAGAGAGAAAUGUUUUGAAGAGUGAAGCGUGCCUCGAAGCUAUUCUUGAAACACAAAUAAAUCAGCUUUACUGUUCUAUCAAUUUCCCAAGGAACGUUAAUAAAGACUUUUGUCAAACCAUCCAUAUCUCCCUUCAUUGACUCAACAGAAUGCUCUACACAAGGAAAGGUAGAUUAGUUCAGAGAUUCAAAGUAUUCAUUCCCAAAAUGUAAUCUGGAGGAAGAAGCAAUUGUUGAUUAUUCCCUUUGUAGGGUAGCAAGGAUCUCCCUGCUUUCAGGGGAGCAAAGCAACUGUGUCUGCUUCCUCACUUGCUGGAACUAACAGCAAAUUUGUGGUAUAGAGGGAUUUACAUUGGGAAAGAGGGUAGGAGGGUACAGGAUAAAAGGUUAAACACAUUCUUCCACAGAACCACCAAUCUUCUGAAUGCCUUGGGGUCAUUAGCUAAGAAAAGAAAAAAGAGCAAAUUCUAAUCCUGAUUUAAGUUACACCUAGUUUGGCCUCUUUUCACUGACUUCGUUGGAAAGCCUCGUUGUGACUUUAAAGGAAUUGGGAGAACAUUCCUAGAGUUUCUGUAAUUACAGGUGCAAAUGACUGAGUGUUCUAUUUAAUUGAAUAGCGUGUUGCCAUGUAACACCUUCAUCCUCAACUGAAGGAAAACCAGUUAUGAACUACAUUUGCUCGUGCUGUCCCUUGCUGACCUUGUCCUAGCCAUGUCCCCUCUUUUCCUCCUUUCUCUUCCGACUGCUUGCUCUUUGGGGUGUAGAUAAUUUAUCUGUGUAUACUCUUCUUCGACAGAGGGUCCCUAGAUGUUAUUGGACUUACUCCCAUCAUCCCCAAUAGACCAGUUUAGCCUGUGGUCGGAGAUGAUGGGAGUUGUAGUCCAAACUCAUUUGAGGACCCAAGGUUGAAGAAUACUGCUGUAAUGCAUAAUAAUGUGUACUGAUGGUGCCAUAUAAAUAAUGAGUGAAAAAGAUGCUGAGAUGCUGUUUGUACACAGUGUGUACAUUGACGAAUUACCCUUUGCUUCCAUGUCAUUUUAAGGUUUACUUUGGUUAGCACAAAUCUUUGGUACUUGGUAGGUACUACAGAGAAUCUUUUGUCUAUUCACUACCACCACAAACACACACCCAUGCAUAUAAGCAAAAAAAAACCCAGGAAUGUGAUGUUAGAAUAUUUAUUUUUCCCUAUAGACUAAAAGCUAGAGUGUAACAUUUUUAUAGGAAUCAUUUUUCUCUUGUACAAAUAGUUUAAAAUGCUUAUUUCAUGUUUGAAUACCCCUUGCAGUAAUAAAAUAGGAAGAAAUUGCAAACAGGGCUAGAUCAGAAAUGUUGUAUUGUCUAAGCGCACUGCAUUAAUAAGUUGCUUGAUCACUGAAGAGCUGCUUGACAAUAACAGUUACUGAUUUAGGCAUAACACUUGCUUUUUAAAGGGGAUUAUUUUCUGUUUCCUGUAAGGGAAAUGUCCACAGUAGUUUGGAAGGAAUUUGUGUGCCAGCCUCAUUCUGCAGGAAAGCUGGAGGGCUGAUUGCAGCUUGGUUAUCAGCCUGGGAAUUAAAAGAUAAAUUCAGGGCAGAAGCUAUUUCUUAUUUUGUUGAAUUGAUUAGUGUUUCUUAACUUUCUUAACUUCGUUAAGUGUUUAGAUGCUGUGGUCCUACAGAGCAAUGCUGUGUCUUUAAGUUUGGGCUGUGCCACACGUACAAACAUUCAGAUAAUUGCUCACUAUUAUUUGAAGUAAAAAGAGGGGCUAAAUACUAUCUAUAGUACUUAAAAUGUAGAAGCAAACAAUUGCUUAAUAUUCUGUAGUGCAGUGCUCUGCAUGUUAACUCAGUUCAGUGGGGCUUACUGCCAAACAAAUGUGCACAGAAUUGCAGUUAUGUGUAUGUGAAUUAUGCAGGGUGUACAUUUUAUUUCAUGCCAAGCCCUCAGGCUGGGGUCUUCAUCCAUUGGAGCAUCUUGUUAUAAAACCUGAUGAAGAGUGCUAAUCAGGCCUGGGACAUGGCAACUCAUAGAUCUGAAUGCUCAGGAAGUACAUAUAUUAUUAAAACCAAAACAGCCGCCUUCUCGUCGCAAUAAUCAGUAUCUAAAAUUUUAUAAAAUCAGUAUCUGGAAUAGCAUAUACAACUAUGAGUGCUAGAUGCGGAGCUCCAGCACUGGGAAUUACACAGUCCAGCUUUGCAUGUGUAGUUCCCACUACAGCUGAAAAAUGGGAGUGCAGAAUUCAUUGGGUGGUUAUAGUUUAUAUUUUACUAUGCCCCUGAUGUGUGGUAGAAUUCUAAUCACUAGACAGGUUAAUGAAGACCAACCAGUUUUAUGCUCGCCAUGGUAAGCUGCCACUUGCCAAAUCUCAUCUUUACCUUCCAUGUCUCUCUGUUUUGUUACAGUACUGAAUAAAGGUAUCAAGAGAACAGCUCUAUAAAGUUGUAGUCUGUCUAGAAAAGGAAUAUGCUUUUUAGUGACAUAUAAAAAAUCAACAGUAAAAGUGGAAGGCAAUUUACAAGAUUUUAUGGCACGAUAUUUACGUAGCAACCAAGUUCAGGACUUGACCGAGCUUGCAUCAUCAGAGAAUUCAGUUGAUCUAAUUUAAAUUAGCAAGGUUUUGCCUUUUGGGUUGUUUCUCCAGUUAGCACAUUCAGUUGUAUUACAUUUGCCAGGCUUGUGGUCCACCAGGGGCUGCUACUGGACUUCCGUUCAUUAAAAUGGAGUUUGCUUGAGAUUCUCUUGCCUUAAUUGGAGGAUUUUAUUGAAAAUUAAUAAAAAAUUAUUUACAAAAAAAGAGAGAUUCUCUCAUCUGUAUCACAGCAGCAGUACUUGAUCAAUUGCUCUUCAUACAAUAAACAAUUCCCAGUGUUUGUAACUGAUCCUUGUGUUUAAUUUUAUCAGCUGCAAGUAACUGGUCCCACUACCAUUAAGUUGCAUCUGUUGCAAUUGAUUUGAUAGAGCUGAAACGCAGAAGUCCAGGGGUUGUAAUUAUUUGAAGCUUCUACUCCCUAUUCCCACUUGUGUUAUUUAUUUUAAAAGAAAUGAUCAUUAUUUGGCCUUCUGACCACUGUUCUUUUGGUAUUAAUUUAGUUUUAAUGGAUAAUACAUGAGAUGUUCUAUCCAUUUCUCUUAAGGCAGUCGUGAGUCAGGGCUAUUCAUGUUAUGUUGUUCUGCCUGAAUGCCAUUGUGCCUGAAACGAAGGCUUCAGUAACAAACACAGAUUGCUUAGAAUCUCAUGCUUAAUUGACACAGCUCUUUGGUGGGCUAGUUUUCAAACUGGAUUAUGUGCUUAUCCUCAAACCAAUUUGAAAUUGCAGCUGGUGACUUGUUGUGGAAGCAAGCUCAACAUUUACAAACUUCACAGGUUUCCAAAGAGAGCAUGAACAGUUAGCAACUUAGCUAAAUUUAAACAUUUAAAAUGUGUUCCAUGUUCAGGAUUUUGGGGGUGGGGGUAAGAUCUGUAAUUAUACCAGUGCUUAACUCUUCUUAAUUUUUUCCUUAUGCUGCUGUUCCAGGUCACAUUCACUUGGGUAAGAUAAAUAAAUGCAUGUUGCUGCUGCAUUUGGCAUAGUCUGUUUUAUGGAAAAGGACACAGCAUGAUUUCCUCCAUUUGGGUCCAAGAUUAGAAACUUGUAUUAUUUCAACUGGGACAUCUUGAUUUUAUAGUUUAAUUAGGCAGUGAAGAAAUUGCUGAAGACCCUGAAGAAAACCUUGGAUAGAAUUCAGAAUGUUGUUAAUGCGCUCCUGAUUAGAUUAGACCAAAUUUCCCAUAAUGGAGGCUUUCAAAAUGCAUUUCUACCAAACAAAAAUCCUCCCUUCACCACUCAAGAUUGAAACGUAAGGACUAAACAUUCAGUAAAAUUGUUUUUUGAUUGUUUCUCCGAGAGUGGGCAUUAUCGUAGAACAAUAAUUAAUUUCAUCAGUUGUUUGAAUCCCAAAGUUUGAUCUGUGAACCGCCCUAAGACCCCUGGGUAUAAGAUGGUAUAUAAAUUCAAUAAAUGAUAAUAAUAUCCACAAUCUUUUAUUAUUUAUCCUAUGGAAGAUUCUUGUGCCUACACAUCAACCCAUUGCCUUCUCCUUUCUCAGUGCACUGUGAUUAAAUCUGGAAAUCUUCAAUUAAUCCCAUUGCAUCCAAACUGGAACAAGCCAAGAUUUUUAAAACAACUUCAAAGUGUGGUUGAAGAUUCUAGUUUGUUCCAAACAAAAUAGGAAACUAUGGUUAAUUGAAGACUUCCAGGUUUAAGCACUGGGAAGUACAAGUUCCACAAUAAAUACUGAUCUGAAAGUACCCACUCUCUUCCACUACUGGAAAUAUUGCCGUCUGUGCCCUCCCUUCUCACCUACCCACACUCUUGCAUUCUCAGUUUGUUGACUGGUGAUGUCUAGACAUCUCAUGUUAGGAACAGUCCAUUAGGUGAGUAGGUAAAAUGGCUACUCAAGUUAUAGCCAUCAGAUGGAAACAUUUUUCAGUUGCAACUGUGCCACCCAUGUACAAAGCAGGCUGAUUGUUCGUUUGAGUCUUGAUUCAGGCUUUUUAACAGAUGCACAUCUUAAUUUAGUAAGUUUCAGGAUUGCUUUUUUCCAGGACAUAAGAGUGCCAGAAAUUAUUACUUAAAAACUAAAUUAGCCAGCAAUUGUGAUUUUAUUUGUAUUUGUCAUAUUAUAAAGUUUUGUUUUCUCUCUUCCAUGUUUUUCAAUUACAGCUACUCUAUUCGCCAUUCCAUGAGUAUGCCUGCUAUGAGGUAAAAGUUCCACAUCACCUUCUUAUCCUGACCUUUGAAUGUGUGUUUUCAGGCUUCACACUAUUACUGUGACAGUAAUUUGUUUUUAGUACUGAAUUUUAAAUUGUCAUAACCCUUUGGGAUCAGCCUUCUAGUUCAAGUGUUCUUCAUACAGAAAGUAGGAAAUUCAAAUGUGGCACCAUUGACCAUUCUCUGUUGUUCACGUGUGAGUAGUCAGAUUCCCAAUCCACAUUCUCAUAGAUUUCACUGAAAUAAAUUUCCAAAUAAGCUUUGCCACUGUUUUCAUUUGUGAGUUGCCCCAGCUGGCAGACAGUUAUGGCUAUGAGCCACUUUGCUUGGAUGGUAGGAAAUGGAGGGUCAGGUCUACCUUCUCCUUCCUAACCAGAGUCCUUUCUCCUUGGCUGGGAGGCAAGUUGGAGUACAGUGGUACCUCGCAAGACGAAUGCCUCGCAAGACAAAAAACUCGCUAGACGCAAGGGUUUUUUGAGCUGCUUCGCAAGACGAUUUUCCCUAUGGGCUUGCUUCGCAAGACAGGAACGUCUUGCAAGUUUGUUUCCUUUUUCUUAACACCGUUAAUACAGUUGCGACUUGACUUCGAGGAGCAACUCAUAGAACGCGGUGUGGUAGCCUUUUUUGAGGUUUUUAAAGACUUUGGUGAUUUUUGAAGCUUUUCCAAAACUUUCCCGACACCGUGCUUCGCAAUACGAAAAAAAUCGCACGACAACAAAACUCGCGGAACGAAUUAAUUUCGUCUUGCGAGGCACCACUGUAAUUGUUGUGCUCCCUAGAAAGCCCUGUCACAGAAAGGACGUUGUAGCUUAUCAGAAAGGUAAACAGGUGUCACGUUAGUUAAUGUGAAGUAAUAUGAAGGGCAUAUGAUCCAUUCCCACAUGUCUGUAGUUUUAAAAAACACCUCCUUAGUUAGGACCAAAUGUCACAUGGCCUUGUAUGGUGGCUGUUUAAGGCCUCCCAUGCUGGCUGUUUUUUAACCAGAUUAAGACCAUGGGUUGCUUUAACCCUUUUCCCCAAGGCAUCCUAAUCAGGAUCAAGCCUUCUUGUGCCUGAUUUCCAUUGGAUCAUAGCAUGACCUAAGACUUGAAGCUUAAACUGUGAUCCCAAUAUGGCUCGGGUAUCCACACACUGGCUAUUCAUUAAACACACACAUGACCAAAUAAUGUUGCAGCUGGUUUGACCCUUAGCUUGGUGGUAAUUAGAAGCCAGAGAUGGCGUCACAAGCCAUUGUUAUCAGAACCCAAUCCUGCAAACAUCCAGAAGCAUUUAAGGACAUGAACAAGCGUAAGACUAUCAUGUUAUUCUUUGUUAUACCUUAUUCUAGGAAUUCUCCUACAUUCAAAUCCUUUGAAGAAAAGGUUGAGACCACUGUCACAAGCCUUAAGGUAUGGAUUAGAAUUGAGGGAAGGGUUAUGACCAGACUAGUUAAUUUUUGUGGUGUGUCACUGAAAAUAACUGAAGCCAGAGUAGUCCAAACCUUAUCCUAAAAUGAACCCUUGAUUGUUCCUACACUUCCAGGGAAUUUUCUGUGCACAUUUGUACAUCAUCAGUGCAGCAGAAACCAGUGUUCCCUUUAAGCCGUGUGUACCUAAGAAAUAACUUCCUAUUCUUUGUUGCAUCAUGAGCUUUAAGAUCAGUAGAGCAGCUUCAUGAUUGUACCACGGCAACAUGGUACAAAAACCUAUCAUUGGUAGCUGUGUCACAUUGUGAAGCCACCUUCUCCUGAAGGGUGAAGCCAAAACUCAUUCCAGAAGCACUAAGACUUUCCUGUUUGGGCUCAUGUUUAUCAGUCAAGGCUAAGGAGGCAUAGAUUAAUCUAAUUUCUAUGAGUAUAGAUACUUGGGCCUCCCACACUUCUCAAAAUAGUUUGUUCACAUAUAAUAUGAGCAUUGGCUUGGUAGUGCAUGUUUGUUCCUUGUCAGUUGUGAUUAUUUAUCUGUAAAAAGAUGUAAAACCAAACAAUGAUAAGACCACCAAGGAAGAUGAAGGAAUUUCCACAGCAGCUGCCAUUUGCUAAUAACCCACCUUUUAUGCUUACUAAAAAUAAAGAUUCUACUCAGGAAAUAUUUUUCCUAAUUGAAAAGAUUAUUUUAAACAAAAUAACUUUUAAAAAUUAAGCAGGCUUAUAAAAGAUACUGGCCUGAGUUGAGAAGUUAAACAUAUUUAAGAGUAAGUAAAUGUCUGUGAUCAUGAAAUGUCGUCUGGGAGAUAGGGGGACAAGAUUAAAUCUGAUUAAAUGUGACAAAUAUGGUGCAGAUACAGCCUAAGAGAAUAAAAAAAAUAUUGCCAGCGGCAAGAUGGACUGCACUAAGUUCAUGCUCUGAAAUCCCCUUGCUUUUUCAAUACAACUUGUCAAGCUGUCAAGAAUUCAUCCGGCCUUUAUCAGAAUCAAAUACUUAAAUAGUGCAAAGCUCCACAGCGUCAUAUACCAACUUUUAUUUUAUCUGAGCACCUAACCAACUAGCUUUGCUGUCUUCUCCCAUGUUACUGAUAACCAGCUGAAUUCCAAGCUGGCAUGGCAUUUAGUUUACUCAUAAACUGAGCGAUUUCCCACAUGUAAAGAACAAUAUAGAUUUAUUAUGGUUUGAGUCAAAUUACACAGAACAGAAUGUAUAUUUGGAAGUUAACCUUGGGCAAAUUGCUGCUGUUUCAUAUUCAACAUUUCAUUUUAAGCUUGCCUCUUACCUUUUUUGUGGAAGUCAGUACAUAUCAAUACAUUAUUCUCAAUCUGGCACUGACUUCUAGCAUCUAGUACAAAGGGAACCAUUUUAAACAUUCAUUACCACCCUUGCCUUUAGUUAACGCUAUAGUUAUAAUCUGCUACCUUGAGAGCUGAGGAAACAAAAGACAACAUGGAAUUAACAUUCUUCGCAACUGAGGUUACAGAGCCCCUUGAGUUAUAAUAGUCCUAAGCGUUUAUUUGGCUUGAGAAUGAAAAAGAAAAUUGAGGCAAAUUGUUUAGCAGAAUGUUAGUUACUGACUGCCCUUGCUCAUUCCCUUUCAGACAAAAGUUGGAGGUGCGAGCCAUACCGGAGGAAGUUUUGAGGAGGUUCUCAAUUCUGCUGCCCAUGCCAGUGCUCAGAGUUCCGCUGUGAGCACUCGACUCCCAGAAACAGAAGAGGAGCUUCAAUGCUAG